UAAUAGCCCAACUUUGAGCACAAAAUCCGAUGGGACUGGCAAUUCCCAUUUGGUUUUAGAGCGGAGGUGGGCAGGGUUUCCACACAAGAGGGCGGUCCUCGGCUAUAAAGCUCGGGGACUGGCUGGCCUCCUGCCACAAGCCAGGCUGCACCUUCGUGUCGCCGCCAGUCUCCCCGCCUACAGAUAACUGAAAAAAAAAAUGGCAAUGUUUGCCAUUGUUAUCAUCUUCACAGUCUGCUGUCACUUGCUAAAUGCAUUUACCAUCACGGCUCCCAAGGACCUGUAUGAGGUAGAGUAUGGCAGUAAUGUCACGAUUGAAUGCAGAUUCCCAGUAGAAGGCCAGCUGGACCUGCUUUCGUUAGUUGUCUACUGGGAAAAGAACGACAACCAAGUUAUUCAGUUUGUAGAUGGAAAGGCAGACCUGACACAUCAACACAGUAGCUUCAGGGGGAGAGCCUGGUUGCCAAAGGAACAGCUUUUAAAGGGAAAUGCUGGGCUUCAGAUCACAAACGUGAAACUGCAGGACGCGGGUGUUUACUGUUGCAUGAUCGGCUAUGGAGGUGCAGACUACAAGCGAAUCACACUGAAAGUCAACGCCCCGUACCGAAAAAUCAACCACAGAAUUUCCAUGGAUCCAACCACAUCAGAGCAUGAACUAACGUGUCAGGCUGAGGGCUACCCAGAAGCUAAAGUCAUCUGGACAAACAGUGGCAAACAAUCCCUGAGUGGCAAUACUACUGUCACCACUUCCCAAACAAAGGAGAAGCUUUUCAAUGUGACCAGCACUCUGAGGAUCAAUGCGACAGCUAAUGAUGUUUUCUACUGUACUUUUUGGAGAUUACAUUCGGGGGAAAACCACACAGCUGAGUUGAUCAUCCCAGAACCACCUGCAGAAUUUCUCCCAAAUAAGAGGACUCAUUGGGUACUUCUGGGAUCACUACUGUUGUUUCUUGUAGCAUCCAUAGUCGUCUUCUGCAUAAGAAAACAAGUGAGAACCCUAGAUGUGGAAAAAUGUGGCACCGAAGAUACAAACUCAAAAAACCAAAAUGAAACACAGUUCGAGGAGACGUAAGCAGAGCUGAAGACUCUGAUUGCCAAGGUGGGAUUGCCAGUCUGUGGUCUGUGAAAGAAGGGGUCCUUGGGACAUGGGGCCAAGGACUCAAAAUGGAACCUGGGAAGAGAAGAGAUCAGAGAGAAAGUGUUGGAAGGGAAGCCUGGCACAAAGGACAUUUCUUCAGGAGACACCGAUAAGCAAGUUGUCCAUCAGUCAUCUUGGGAAAGAGGGUUGAGAAUCCCCAUCUUAAUAUCUGGUCCUUGCAGAAGUGCCCUUUUCCUCCACUCAGUGCCUGGAUGAGAGACAGAGAGUCACAAGUGUUGAAGUGUGAGUGUUUUCUAUUUAUUCUGAGUCUGUGUGUGCUGGUCGUGGGAGUGUAGUUGUGACUGAUGCAUUCUAAAGCCAUAAUAGAUGUUAAAAUGUAGUCAGCAAACUCAAUUGCUGCUUAUCACAUUGUCCAUAGCCUGGGAAGCACAAGCAUCUGAGAGGUGCUUGGUGUCUUCUCUAACUACUAGUACAAGCAGGACACAUGGAGGGACCCGCGAUUGGUAGAUAGGGCUCUUGUUGCUUGACUUGAAUAGUCUUUAUUCUCAGUCCUCGAGGCCCUAUGGCAGUAGUCCACAGUAGUUCCAUUUAAGUGUCAGCUUCACAAAUAUAUGGUACUACACUCAAUAACUUCAUUUCAUCUCCAUAGCAACCCUCAUGGUAACCUCUAUUAUACUCAUUUCAUAGCCCAAGAAGAUGAGCAGUUAAGUAACUUGCCCAGGGAACAACAGCUAUCAGGUAUCUACCUUUCAACCACUGUGCUCUUGGGAUACAAUUUGUAGCUAAGAAACGAAUUCUAAAAACAGCUUAUUAAGUAGCAUUGUGUGUCACACCCAUGCCUUUUGUACUGUGCUGGCCCUUAGCAUAGAGAUGUAGGCUAGAGUACUGGGUAGAUAUGCUUAUGCAUGUUCAAUACUCAAACAAUGCUCAUUAACAAGGAAUAGAUAUUUAAAAGACCCUGGAAAGUAACUCUUGAGUUCCUUGUCUAGCACUAUAUGUAUCCCUGAUUUGUUAUCUUUGCCAUAUAAUAUUAUGUCCUCCAUAUAAUAUCUAGUAUUGUUUAAAAGUUCUCUUUUUAUUUUUCUAUGUAGAUAAUACUGAGGGAUGGAGAUAUAGCUCAGCUAUAAAGUACUUUCCUCACAAGUAUGGAACUCUGAGUUUGUUCCCCAGAACCUACAUAAAAAAACAGUUGGAUAUGCUUGCAUGUUUUUGAUCUCAGCACCAGGGAGGCAGAGGCAGGCAGAUUCCUAGCUCUCAUUGGCUAGCUGGCCUAGCCUGCUUGGUAAGCUUCGGACCUAAGAGAGCUGCUGUCUCAAAAAAUGAUGUAGAUAGAGCCCUAGAAAUGAUGCCUCUACACACCACACACUCACAUACCUACAUGCACCCUCGUGCACAUGAACGCACAUGCUAUCCAAAUACAUGUCAACAGAGAGCUGACUCAGAAUGGUCCCAAAGACAAACAAAACAAAACUCUAUUCCAUCUCCCAUGCUACUCCCUUCCUAGAAGCAAGUGAUAAUCAAUGGCUUUUGCACAUAUAUUUCCCUAAAGACAAUUAAUAUAUAGAAAUAUAUGUCAAAGUAACUAUAUUUUUUAACUCCUAAAUGGUAGCUCACUGUGCAUUUGCUGUACACUUUGCCCUUUUUAUUUAACAUAUCAAUCCUCAUGCAGCUGCUAGAACCCAUUUUAAGAUCCACGAAGGAUCCUUCCCAUCCCUCCAGGUAAAUUUCCACACUGUCUAGGCCAGGCUGUGUCUGCUGUCUGUACCUGUAAAAUACCAUUUGGAGAACAUUUACUGACUGAGUUUGUGUUUCUCGCAUUUUGUGUGUGCUCAAAGGGAGACCAUGAGUCCCCAGGGUCUACUGAGUCACCCAAUACCAAAGGGUAGCCUUAUUUGAGACUCCGUGACGGACGCAGAUCUGGAACUGUGUUGUCAGGGUUGUCUCUCCUCUACUUCUUUUCCCAAACUCAGAUGUUCAGCUUGCUAAUUAGAGGUUCUCCUGGAAAUUCCAGCAUUGCUCCUGGACUGCUGGCCAGCCUGGAUCUGCACCAGGAAAAGUCCAUUAGCUUGUGUGAGCCCUUGCAGGCUCUCAUCAGCCUGGGGGCCUCUGAGAUAACAUUUUCCAGUGGAUUUGAGAAUCAGUUCUUCUUGGGGGAGGAGGGGAGGAGGAGCCAAGAGCUUUCUUUCAAUCUUCUUUGUUUUAUCACAUGUCAAGACUGAAGAAGUGGGCCAGGUAUGGGGGUGCAUGUCUCUAAUCCCAGUGCUUAGGAAGCAGAGGCUGGCAGAUCUCUGGGAGCUGAGGCCAUCCUAGGCUAUAUAGAGUUCCAAGCCAGCCUGGUGAAUCUGAACCCCCAAAGGAACCCUUCUGUUACCUAUUAACACAUGUUUGUUUACAGGAUGAUUCUCAUGGCAAUGUCAUGCUUGUAUGAAGUUUAAGAACACAGUUGAGUGAGACACUCCAUUUUUUCACUUUACUUGAAAUCUUAACAUCAUAUCAUGGUGUUGGAUUGUAAAGGCACUUUAUACUUUUGUGUUGUGUAUCACCAUAACUGGAAAUUUUAUUUUGCAUCUAAUUGUCAUUGUAUCGCAUUAAUUUAAUAAAAUAUGUUUAUUUAUUACA